AUGGUUUCUUUGCUGAAAAGAGACGAUGUCGGUCUACACGAGAUUAUAAUUUGGAUAAAUUUAUUGAAUUGGGGUAUAAAAAAUACGCCAGAGCUAGUAGAAUUAGAAGAAAAUACGUCAAGAGAAUGGACAGAAAAAGAUUUCGAGAAAUUAAAAGAGAAAUUAAAAAAUUGCAUUGAAUGGAUAAGAUUUUUUCAAUUGAGUCCACAAGAGUUUGCAGAGAUCCCUUCUACCUACAUUAAUUCAACAAUAUUGACCGGUAGACAUGCAACUAUUUUAUCUAGCUGGAUGAUUAAUUUAUCAAAUGAAGAAACUUCGACUGCCAAUUUCAACUUAUUAUUCAAAGCAA